UGAGGUGCGAUGCUAGCACCUGGUUUAAGGCUGCUGCGAGGCUUGAUUUGAAGGGACGCAUUUUAAAAACAAAAGGAAAUGGACUGGGAAGAUAAAUAUGAAGUAUAUCAGUAGCCGCGGAGGAGCAGGAAGUUUCGAUUUUGAACAUGCUCUCUUCUCUGGGUAUGCAGCAGAUGGGGGCCUUUUCAUGCCUGAAAAAAUCCCAGUCCUGGACAGUGCCAGACUUCGGACAUGGAGCACCUUUUCUUACUUGGAGCUGGUAAAGGAACUGUGUUCGGUUUUCAUCUCACCUGAACUCAUUCCAAAGGCAGAGCUGAAUGGCCUUAUUGAUAGAGCAUUUAUCAGGUUCAGACACAAAGAUGUUGUUCACUUAUCAAGACUAAAAAAUGGCUUGAAUAUCUUGGAGCUUUGGCAUGGGGCAACAUAUGCAUUUAAGGAUUUGUCAUUGUCCUGCAUGGGGCAAUUCUUACAAUACUUUCUAAAGAAAAAGAAGAAACAUGUCACGAUUCUAGUGGGGACUUCAGGAGAUACUGGCAGCUCAGCAAUUGAAAGUGUCCGGGGUGAAAAGAAUGUAGAUAUAUUUGUUCUGCUACCGCAUGGCUUUUGCAGCCAAGUGCAAGAACGACAGAUGACAACAGUGAUUGAGAACAACGUCCAUGUGUUUCUUACUGAAGGAAAUAGUGAUGAAAUUGAUGAACCCAUCAAAGAAUUGUUUGCAGAUGAGGAUUUUUCAAGAAAACACAAUCUAAUAAGUUUGAAUUCAAUUAAUUGGUCUAGGAUUCUGGUGCAGAUUGCUCAUUAUUUCUAUGCUUAUUUCCAAUGUGCACCAACUAUGGAGGCUGUUCCACUGCCAACUGUGGAAAUUGUUGUUCCAACUGGGGGAGCAGGAAAUCUCACAGCUGGGUGUAUUGCGCAGAAGAUGGGAUUGCCUAUUGAACUGGUGGCUGUGGUAAAUGAAAAUGAUAUUGUACACAAAACUAUUCAGCAAGGUGAUUUUUCGGUGUCCAGGAAUGUGAAAAAAACACUGGCAUCAGCAAUGGAUAUUCAGGUACCUUACAAUAUGGAGAGGAUUUUUUGGCUAUUCUCUGGAUCAGACAGUAAUUUGGUCAAAAGUCUGAUGGAAGAAUUUUAUACUACUAAGAAAGUAAAACUUCCUUCAGAGUUGCAAAAUAAGAUCCUUGAAGGUGUGAGAUCUUGCAAAAUCUCAGAUGAAGAAAUUAUUCAAACCAUGAAACACUGCUGGGAGGACAACCAUUACCUUUUGUGUCCCCAUACGGCUGUUGCUGUUUCCUACCAUUACAAGCAUGCCAGUUGCCAUCCAAAUAUUUUGAGAUGCUGCUUAGCUCCUGCCUCUCCUGUUAAGUUUGAAGAUGCGGUUUGCAAAGCUGACCUCUCUCUGGAAGUCUCAGCUGAGAUCAGCAAGCUGAAAGAUAUGGAGACCAGGUCUUGCACUCUGAAGAGAGGGGAAGACUGGGUUAAAAUACUGCAUCAUCAGAUAGAGGAAGUUACCAAGCAAAGAUGCAACAACCAGAGUUGAACUUGUGUGAAGAAUAAUUGUAACGCCUGUGUGGAAACUGUGUGAUAGUGGUGGAGUUGCUGCUGCUUUUGCUGAUCAAUGAAAAAUAGUUUUGUUAAGAUAAACCCAUGCAAAAUUACUAACAGUGAUGAUAUUCUUUAAUCCUGCAGAAGAAAAAAAGGAAAGUGAGCUGUGAGGUAGGCUUAUACUAAUAAUGUUGAUGUCCUUUACCAUAAAGGUCUUACUUUGCUCUCUUCCA